AUGACUGAUAGCGGUAACGCCAUUAAGCUAGUUCUCCUCGGCGAUUCUGGUGUCGGCAAAACAAGUAUUGUUACCCGCUACGUUUCCGGCUCUGCCCCAGAAAACGUAAAUCCAACAAUCGGCGCUGCUUUCGUCACAAAGGAUGUCCUUAUCGAUGGACAAAAUCUCGAACUUCUCAUUUGGGAUACAGCUGGCCAAGAAGUUUAUCGUGGCCUUGCUCCGAUGUACUACCGUAGUGCUCUUAUCGCAUUCAUCGUCUACGAUGUCACAAAGGCCGAGUCUUUCGAUUCAGUUUCAUACUGGAUUCGCGAACUCAAGACAAACGUCGAAGAGAAUAUUGUUAUUCUCGUCUGCGGCAACAAGGUUGAUCUUGAAGAUAAGCGUACAGUUGAAUACCAGACAGCUCAGAAUAUGGCUACAGAGAACGGCGCUCUUUACGCUGAAGCAUCUGCUACAAACGGUACUGGUAUCGAGCGUAUGUUCCAAGUUGCUAUUUCCACUCUUCUUAAGCAACGUACACCAGGACCAUCCCCACAACCAUCUGUAAAUCUUCAGGAUGGAAAGAGCAAGAAGGAAAAGGGAGGCUGCUGCUAA